UGGUCGAAACCAAAUAUAUUUUUUAAUCUGUACAAAAAAAGGAGUUUCUCGGAUUUUCCUCGCCAGUGUUGCGCAGAAAAUCCGAUCGUUUUAGUGUUUUUUUGGGAAAAAGGCAUUCGCAUUCAAAAUGAACGCUACUCGACUGCUCCCCAGGGUUCUGAACCAAACAGUCCGCCGGUACCAUGACGCUCACUUCAAGGCUCCUACCAUGGAUGAGCUGCCCGUGCCCAAGGGCUCCUGGCAGGCGCAGUACGACGCCAACCAGCGCCGCUACAACGCUGUGCUGGCAUUCGGGAUCGCUUUCACUGUUGGCACCCUCGCUGUUGCCAAAGCUUCCGGACUGAUCUACCUUAACUACUCGCCACCGAAGUCUCUGGACUAAAUGCACUUAUAUAUACUUGCAAUGACACUGCAAUUGUUAAACAAAUAGUCUAAUCAAUCAAAUAGGUAUUUAAUUAAAAGCUUCGUGCUUUA